AACCACCAGUGCGGCAGCAUCUGACGCGGGCCAUGCGGGAGCUACUGCGCAUCCGCCCUGCAGACCCCAUGAGCUUUCUGGCUGACUACUUUACACACGUGACGACUGGCGUCCCCGCAGUACAGCGCGCCUACAAGCUCAUCCGGCACGCAACAGGCAAUCCGCACUUUCGUCGAGCAGAAGCCAUUGCAGAGGCAUACACCUUGCUCUCCGUCAACCAACACAACACGCUUGACAGAACAUAUGGUUCCCUGCGCACGCGUCACAAAAACACUUCCCCUGAAGGUGCAAGUGGUGGCAGCAAGAAGCGGAAGAAGACAAGACACUCAUCCUCAUCAUCAAAAGCAUCGGCUCCUUCUCCAGAUAUAUCGGGUGCGCUGUCCUCAGUCAUGCUUGCGCCGCCAUCGUCGAAGCAGGUCACAAACAGCCUGGACGGCCUGCUGGUGAACAGGCAGGGCCUCGACGCUGUCUUGGGCGUGGACUUUAUGCAGCUGCUUGGCAUGCGCACGUCAGACUUUUCGCCACAGGUGUCUGAAGCGCUGUGUACACGAUACAUGCGUGCUGACCACGCUGUUGUGACCUGGCCACAUUUUAAAGAAGCCCUCACCGUCUGCUAUCAAUAUGAGGAGCUUCUGGAACAAGGGCGCGCUCUGUUUUUAUUAUUGGACCCAUUCAACACAGGAUUGGCCAAAGAGGACAUAUGCCAGCAGCUGAUCGACUUUCUCUUGCUUGAGGCGUCGCCGGCCGCAGCAGAUGUGGCGGCGGUGGAUGCCGCCCUUACCUCCGCCAUCAAGGAUGCGCAAGCACGCGGCAUGGCCACAAACCAGCAAGAUAUGGUCGCGCAGUGA